AUGUGGAAUCUUGAUUGCGAUUGGUACUCUCCAAAAAGCCUACUCAGCACCCCCACCAUUUAUGAUUUUCCAGGUGAUCGCUUUAUACCCAACAGAAGUUUGAUGAACCUUCAUCAAGCCAACAGUUUGCUCACAAACAAUACCAAAAAAAUUCAAAACCCUAAUUUCAAUGAAGCGUAUAGACAGAAAUUGGAUGAUAAGCUGAAUCUUGAUUCCGAAGGAAAACCGUUUCGGAUGUUAGUUUUUAGAGGAAGUCCAAAAUCAAGUCAAAAAUCUAUUCGUCAUAUUGAUCAGAUGCGAGAGGAGGAUUCUGAAGCACUUCAAAACAAUGGCAAUCAACGUAUCCGUCGAAGGCUGCCUAAGAAGGAAUCAAGGGUAUUGGAUGCACCAAAAAUAAAAAAUGAUUACUACACAAACACUAUGGAUUGGGGGAAAAACAACAUUCUGGCUGUUGCUUUGGGAACAGAAAUGUACUUUUGGAACUCAGUUACUACUGAUGUAUCUUUGUUGUUUAAAGCCACUGGCAAUAACUAUCCAACAAGUGUUUCCUGGUCAACGGAUGCAAAAUAUGUGGCCACAGGCUUUGUGCACUCUCAACUUCAACUCUGGGAUGCUGAGACUUCCAAGCCUGUAAGAAAUCUAGAAGGUCAUAGUCAAAGAAUAGCAACUCUAGCAUGGAAUAACCAUGUUUUAACUUCCGGAAGCCAUGACAAAACUAUAAUCAACCAUGAUGUAAGAGCAAGAAGAAAUGAGGUUUCCCGGGUAAAAGCACACAGAGCAGAAAUUUGCGGUUUAAAAUGGUCGAAAAGGGGCAAUUUAUUGGCAAGUGGUGGUAAUGAAAAUCACAUCUAUGUAUGGGAGUUAAAUAAAAUGAACUCGUCAAACUUCUUGCAUUGUUUUAAAGACCAUAGUGCUGCAGUGAAAGCUCUUGCUUGGUGCCCUUAUGAUCCAGCUGUGCUUGCUUCUGGAGGCGGCACAGACGAUAGAUGUAUUAAGUUGUGGAAUGUACAAAAGGGAACAAACAUUUGCAGCAUAGAUACCAAAGCUCAGGUUUGUGGAUUACAAUGGAAUAGACAUCACAAAGAGAUAUUAAGCGGCCAUGGCUUUGGUACAAGUGCAGAACACAACCAACUGUGUUUGUGGCAGUAUCCUUCUAUGACUAAAGUUGGAGGCUUGGACCCUCAUACUUCCAGAGUCCUUCAUCUAUCUCAGAGUCCAGAUGGAUUAACAGUGGUUUCAGCUGGGGGAGACGAGACUCUUCGCUUUUGGGAUGUUUUUGGACCACCAGUUACUGAUACAAGAGAGACUUCGAUUUUAGAUAACCUUUUGUCGAUGAAGAUAUCACCAAUAAGAUGA